AGUACUCGAAGAACUUUCCCGCACCGCGCACGCGCACGCGCAUUAACCUGUUGGGAUAUCUUACAACGUUCGGAAGCGUUCCGAAAUUACGUGAUUCUGCUUAAGGUACAUUUCCAUUCAAAGUGUGCCUACCAUCGAUAUUCUCUUAAACUUAUAGUGGUUACAAAUUAUACUACUUACGUUAAGUAACAGAUCUCAAUAGGUACAUAAAUUCCCGUGAUUGUUUGUGCUACUUGCGCCAUUGCUGCCAAUAUUUUCACACGUGAGAAAAGCGGAAGAAAAACGAGGAACAGAAGAACAACUGAUUUUAGUUUUUCAGGUCAAAUGCGUCGCCUUUACUUGACUGACAGACAUCUGAGAGUAAUGUUAUGGUGUAUCCUUCUGGUAAUACAGCCAACGUUUGCCGGAAUUCUAGACCCUUUCAACUGGGCUCGGUCUGAUCGCAUAGAAGUGAAUAUACCUUGGCUACCAUUUGAAAAUGAAACAAGAUGUUACGAUGAGCUAGGCUGCUUAAACAUCACAAGAAGUUGGUAUCAUCUAAUUCAUCGACCUUUCAACGUUUUUCCGCUGCCAAGGGUCGUAAUCAACACCAGGUUUAUUUUAUACACAAAGAAAAAUCCAACUGAGGGUCAGAUAUUAAAUGUGAAUAUGAAUAAAACGAUAAUUAAAUCUAACUUCAACCCACGGCGGCGCACCAAAAUGAUAAUUCAUGGAUUCAUAGAUACACCGUUAUCAAACUGGGUUAGUGAGAUGAAAGAUGAACUGGUGAAAGCAGAUGACUACAAUGUAGUCAUUGUGGAUUGGGCGGGCGGGAGCCUGCCGCUGUAUACGCAAGCUACAGCAAACACAAGACUUGUGGGCUUGGAAGUAGCGCACUUUAUAAACACUUUGCAGAAAGAGCAUGGUUUGAGUCCACUUGAUGUACAUAUUAUUGGUCACUCGUUGGGCGCACAUACAGCUGGCUACGCCGGAGAAAGGAUACAGGGGCUAGGAAGAAUAACAGGUCUUGAUCCUGCUGAACCAUAUUUUCAAGGGAUGCCCACACAUGUAAGACUGGAUCCAACAGACGCUGAAUUUGUAGAUGUUAUCCACACCGACGGCAAAAGCAUUUUUCUAUUAGGAUAUGGGAUGUCACAGCCUGUGGGACACCUAGAUUUUUAUCCGAACAAUGGGAAAGAGCAACCUGGUUGUGAUCUAACUGAAGGACCGUUAAUACCGCUCACCCUAGUAAAACAGGGCUUGGAAGAAGCAUCGAGGGUACUAGUAGCUUGCAAUCAUGUCAGAGCCAUCAAACUGUUCACCGAAUCAAUUAAUGGAAAGUGCCCAUACAUAGGACACCAGUGUCCAUCAUAUCAACAUUUUAUCUCCGGAAAGUGUUUUCAUUGCGGUCAUGGCUGUGCAAUAAUGGGAUUCCAUGCAGACAGUUCACCUGGUCUCAUCACAAAUAAAAACAACCAGACUGAAAACGAAGUGUUCCCUUCUGAAGAACAAGAAACAAUCGGGGCCAAAUACUAUUUAAGCACUGGAAAAGAGCAACCAUUUUGCCAUCGACAUUACAAAAUUACAAUACAGCUGGCCAAUCCGAAAGGUGCUGAAUCUUGGGUUCAGGGCUUUUUGAAAGUAGCUCUAAUGUCUGAAAGAGGCGUUAUUAGAGGAAUGGAUCUGACUCCAAACAAUUAUGUCAAAUUAGAGCACGGCACUACCUAUACAAUAGUAGUCACUCAUCCAAUGGAUUUGGGUGGUAAAAUAAGAAAAGUCGAGUUAUCGUGGGAGUACGAUAUGAAUGUACUGGAACCGCGAUCUCUGUGUAUUCUCUGGUGCAAUGAUCGUCUUUAUGUCAAAUCCGUUCUCGUUGACCAAAUGGAAUUGCCUAGUAGAGGGAAAAGAAAUGUAGACUUCAGUAGCAAACUAUGCACGCCUAAACGUGAAUUUGCCGAAAUUCCAAACCGCGGCUCUGCAAGUUUCUAUGAUAACUGCGGGAGGUAGCUGUGCCAUAUAAUAUGUGACACGCGCUUUAUUAAUUGAGGCUAAAUUAUGGUGAAAGCUUUAAGUGAUAAAUGACUGGACGCUUGAGACUGAAGUCAUUGUCUGAUGUGCGCAAUGUGGUUGAAAAUUUUAUUCUGUCGUGGUACCUAUUUUAAUGAUAAAGAUGUUACAAUGUGGAGGUAUUUUCUCUAAUUAUUAUGUGAUACUUUGAACAACUUUUGUAACCCUUUAGUACAGUACCUACUAUAGGAAUUGUAAAAUACACUGUUAUUUUAAUGCUAUUUUUAAGCAUUUUAUUAUUUAAAAAAACGUGUAUAUUUUUAUUUAAAAUUGUAUUUAUUAUUACUUAAAGUAUGUAAUAUACAAUUUUAAUUCAUAAAUAUUUUCUUUAU